AUGUCAAACAAAAACCGCGAACAACCACCGGCCUAUCCCGCUGCUGUCCAUCAAGACGCUGGUCCCUACAAUUCCCAAAGCCCACCACCCCAGGGGGCAUACUAUUACCAAUCUACUCCUCCGGGCGGUGCCUACAAUGGCUACUCUAGCCCUCCGCCACAAGGGUAUUAUCCUCCAGGACAGCCGCAGUACGGACCACCGCAGGGAGGGUAUUAUCAACAGGGGUAUCAGCAAGGUUAUCCGCCACAGGGUUACUAUACCCAGCAACCCAAUCGAGGAUAUAGUAGCGGAGCGGAUGGUAUCUGUGCCGGGUUUUCUGCAGCACUUGCCCUCUGCUGCUGUGCUGAUCUUUGUUGCUGGCUUAUUUGA